AGACCCUUUGCCAAAUUUCGUCACAUGACUUCUGAAAGAGAGGCAAGAAAACGAAAACGAGAAAGUGGUUGUUCCAAACGCUUCGGCCUAUCACCAUCAGUUACGAAAGAUCUUUUCAUUCCGUUUCUGAGUGUUUGAUUAUAGUUUAAGAAGUAUUUAUGGAUGCGUUCAAGGAUUUGCUGCCUAAAGGAAAGGAUGUUGAAUGCUUUGAAGAUUUGGCUACGCUCACUGUGGCCGAAUUAAAAAGGAUAUUGCAGCGGUACAAAGAGAAGACAGGGGGCAUCAAAGCUGAUCUUGUUCUGAGAGCCUACGCUAUCUUCUGCCGUGCAAAAAAGUCUGAAGAACAAACUGAUGAGCUACCAGAUGAGUCUUUUUUGUAUUGCAAUGAAAACGAUUUCACCUACGAGUCUUUGCACCAGCAGACUAAACAUCUGCCGUGGUCAUCCGAUCUGCGCGGUACGCCGGUAUUCACUUUCCUGCAACUUUAUGAGUACUUGGUCAUCAGGACGUCAAAGUUCAAACAUGUUCUUUUAAAAAGCACUUCAUACAAGAAGUUGAAAGCCUUUCAAUUCUUCUAUGAAGGAUUUAUUAGAAAGGUGGAUGUUGCAAAAGAUGCCAUGUUUACAUAUUUUGAUGUACGUGUCAAAGCAUCAAUGAAGAAAAACCUUUAUAAAGUAAUGGUAAAGCUGUCAAGUGUGUCUGGUGAUGUUUGUGCUGCUGCAUGUUCUUGUCCUGCUGGCAUUGGUCUUGGUGGUUUUGGCAACUGCAACCAUGUUGGUGGUAUUCUUUUUGCCUUGGAAGAUUUCAAUAGACGUGGCUUACAAGAGUUUCCGUCUCCUAUAUCUUGCACAUCACGGCUUUCUGCUUGGAAUGUUCCGAAUUCCUCUUCCCUUGCUUCUUUUGCUGCAGCUCCCAUAGAGGAUGUUGUUAUUAAGAAAAUAAUGUUUGGGAAAGAUGGUGCAAUGUUAAACAACCCCUCUUACAAAUCAUUUGAUCCAAGGGCACCCGCUGAUAAAGUUCUUGAUGAACAGAAAUUGGAAGUUUUAAAAUUGAAAUUGGCAAAAUGUGUCCCUAACAGUGCUUUCUUUGGCUUUUAUCAACCUCCUUCUUCUCCUGCAAUGGACAUAGCAACCUUAUCUUCAAAUUUGCAAAUACUUUCCUCGAAUGAAUCUAUAGCCUUUAAUGAAUGCUAUGACAUAUCAAGUCCUUCCUUUAAACAAAUGAUGGAAAUCCACUGCAAGAACCUAUCCCUUAACUCUGAAGAAAUUGAUAACAUUGAAAAGAGAACACGUGGACAAUCAUCAAAUGAGCAGUGGAAAAGGGAACGCAUGUACCGAAUUACAUCUUCCAAUUUUUAUCUUGCUGCAGUUAACACUAUAGAGCCAUCUUCAAAGUUGAAAGCCAUGUUUUAUAAACCAUUUUCUACAUCUGCAACCAGGCAUGGUAACAAAUAUGAAAGGCAUGCUAGAGAACUCUAUACCAUAUUCCUCAAAGAAAAAGGUAUCAAUGCUCAUGUCUCUGAUGUUGGCUUAAUUCUAUCAUCUAGCUGUCCGUACCUUGGUGCAUCUCUAGAUGGCAUUGUCACACACAAGAAUGAGAAGUGGGGGCUGGAGAUAAAAUGCCCUUUUUCAAAAUUUAAUUGUACCUUGAAAGAAGCUGUUUUGGGGAAAAAGUUCUUUUUGCAGAAUGUUGGUGGCAAUAUAAAGCUGAAGCGGCAACAUCCUUAUUAUUUCCAAAUUCAAGGCCAAAUGUUCUGUUCAGGGUUGAAAACAAUAGAUUUUGUUGUUUGGUUUGGCAACAGCGAGCCUUUAUUUGUUGAGACCAUUUGGUUUGAUGUAGAUUUUGUGACAAGCUACAUGUUACCACGCUUAGAGUUCUUUUAUUGUAGAGCAGUUCUCCCGGAAUUAUUUACAAAGCGCAUAAAGCAAGGAUUGAAACUGUAUUUGCAUGGUGGUUGGACAAAUUUUCAUUAGUAAUGAAUAAUUCCUUUUUAAAUGAAAAUACAAGAAAGAAUAAUACCAUUAAAGUAAUAAAGAUAUUAGUAACACAAAUGGUACAAAUCAUAUUAUAUAAUUACAAAAAAGUGAAGUAUAUAUAUAAAAAUAAGUAUAACUGUAAGAGUUUUGUUUUGACUAGAAAAAUGCAUUCUGCUCUUGUCAAUUCAAAUCCCAACCAUCUCAAAUAACAGACUAUGUCAAUCAGAAGUUUCUUUCCUUGUGAGCUUGAGUUGAAAAAAGCAAAAUGCAUUUAUCAAAUUUACCAAAAUA